GAUAAAUAGAAAGUACUAGCAAAUUUUGCAUCUCAAUUCCCAACUCAUUUUCUUUAAUGAAUACUGAAUAUUACCUGUAAAUUAGAAUAUCCAUUACUACGUCAAAUUUAUACUCUAAUAUAGAAUAGCCAUUUCUACGUCAAAUUUAUAUUUUGAUAAAAAUGCAGAAUAUUACAUAAUAAAUUAUACUAUACUGCAUCCCAUAAUCAAGAAGACAUGCCCAUUGACCUGCCCAUAGUUUUCUGCAGCUGAUAUAUGAUUGAUUAUGCAAGUCUAUAUUCAUACAUAUGCAUAUUUGUAACUUCCAAAGUACAUAUAUCUGAACAAUUUUUUCAGUUCCAAAUACUCCUACUUUAAUGUUGCAAAAGAAUGUCACUUUUCUUACGGGUAAUGCAAUUCAAAAGAUCAAAUUUUUAUACUCUUUCUCAUCCACAUGUACAAACCCAUCCCAAUCUUCUACUUCAACUUCCAAAACCAGCGAAAUCCGUAGAAGAAACAAUGUUAAGGGUUGUCCAAACAGAUUUGAAUAUUACGUGAGAGAUCAGUGCAGAUCAGGUAGGAUUAAACUCAAUGAUGCCGUACAGUACUUUGACAAAUUGAUUCAAACGCAACCAAUGCCAUCAAUCGAUACAUUUAAUCAUCUAUUGGGUUCAAUCUCCAAGCUCGGAUGUUAUUUGGAUGUGUUUUCGCUAUAUAAGAAGAUGGGUCUUGCAGGAAUUGAGCCUGAUUUGUGUACAUUGAACACUUUGAUCAAUUGUUGUUGUCACUUGAAAAAUGUCAAUUCUGGGUUUGGUCUUUUUGGGGAGAUUUUGAAGAGAGGUUUGAAGCCGGAUCCAAUGACCGUCAGUACUCUGGUUAAGGGUCUGUGUAUGGAAGGUAGGGUUAUGAAUGCAGUCCAGUUGUUUGAUGAAAUGACUGAAAAGGGUGUCCAAGGAGAUGUGUUCGCAUAUGGAAUUCUUAUUAAUUGGCUUUGUAAAAUCUGCGAGACGGGUCUUGCUCUUGAGAUGCAUAGGAAGAUGUUAAAGACAAACUGCGAGGUGAAUGUGUUUACAUAUAGUAUGAUCAUUGAUUCUCUUUGCAAGGAUGGGUUGAUAAGCGAGGCGAUUGAUAUCUUCACAGAAAUGAUUGGCGGAGGAGUUUCUCCAGAUGUUAUUGUUUAUAGUUCUUUGAUUAAUGGAUUGUGUAGUGCAGGCCGGUUGAAGGAAGCUGUAAGUUUUUUCGAUGAAAUGGUUGGUCGAGGAAUUCCUGCAGAUGCAGUGACAUAUAAUUCUUUGAUUCAUGGCUUUUGUCAGUUGGACUUGCGGAAGGAAGCUAUAAUAAUUUUCAACCAAAUGAUUGCACAAGAAAUUUCACCUGACGUUGUCACGUUCACAAUAUUGAUAGAUUGUCUCUGCAAAAAGGGUAAGGUAGGAGAAGCUUCCAAGUUAUUAGGGCUGAUGGUUCGGCUUGGAAAGGAGCCUAAUGUAUUCACUUACAAUUCACUUAUUUAUGGUUUCUGUUUGUCGGGCAAGUUGGACGAGGCAGUAAAAAUUUUCACAUCUAUAGCUAUUAGAGGUGGCAUGCACAAUGUUACCACUUACAAUAUGUUGAUUAAUGGGUAUUGCAAGAAUUUGAUGAUGGAUGAUGCUAUGAGACUCUUCAGGGAAAUGCAUCACAACAGCUUGAAGCCCACAAACGUUACUUACAACACACUGAUAGGUGCACUCUGCCAGGCAGGGAAGAUUAGAACUGCUCAGAAUCUGUUCAAGGAGAUGAAAAAUUGUGGCUUGUCUCCUAAUUUAUGUACUUACUCUGUUCUGUUGGAUGGGCUCUGCAAAAAUGGACACAUUGAAGAGGCAUUGAAUAUAUUUGAGUCUGCGAAAUGUUUGGAGCUUGAAUCUAGUAUUGAAGUUCUCAGCAUACUGAUUUAUGGUUUGUGCAGGGCUGGUAAACUGGAGAAAGCAAGAAAACAGUUGGAUGACCUCUUAAAGAAAGGUUUGGUCCCUGACGCUGUGACAUAUAACAUAAUGAUUAAUGGACUUUGCAAGAAAGGGUUGGUAUCGGAGGCCAAUAAGUUGCUCUUGCAAAUGGAAGAGAAUGGUUGCCUACCAGACUCCAUUUCAUUCAAUACCAUCGUUCAGGGUUAUCUUCGAGAAAAUGAGAUUGACAAGGCAAUGCAGAUUUUAGAGCAGAUGUGCAAUAAAAACUUCUUACCAAAUGACGCAGUUACUUCAAUGUUGCUAAACCUCGUCUUGGUGGAUGAACAAUGCCGCGUGACCGUUGAGUCACUUCCUAAUUUUUCCCCGAUGGCCUUGCUUCCUACGAGAUUUGACAAUGUGAAGCAAAAGGAAAUGUAAUAAAUGAAUGAUUUUCUCACUGUAUUUAUCAUUGAAUUCGAAUUCAUUUCUACGCUAUUUAUGUCCGAAAAGCUAGUGUCUCACAUCCGCUGUCUUUGUUGUGUACUAAUCUCAACGAAACAAAUAUACUGAAUGCUUUUGGCAAUGCAAUUGGACUUCUGU